AUGGUCCCGCAACGUAGCGUGCCUGCGAAUCUAACUGGCCUACUGUGAGGUCAUGCGCUAGAGGGAGAGAGGCCGCCGAGAAAGCGAUGCAGGGCGCCUCGUCUUCCCUUUUUCUUCUGUUUUUUUUUUCUUUUCUCAAACCUUCGAUGUCUAGUUUCCCUUUCGAUUCGUUCUUGUCACAAUUUUCGUCCUUUUGAAGCCAACUACUCGUGAUUUAAUACCGUGUUUCUUGAAUUGUAAAACAAUUCCCAUUUUUUUACAGGUUAGGCGUUGCUUUUAUGCUCGCCUCUCUCAAUCGUUUAUAUCCUAGUCACAGCAACAGUCAAAAUAUGGCCGGAACGGUUCCUUCCUUCAAAGAGCGCCGGCCUUUCCGUAAGAUUUUCAUUUUAGACCUUCAAUACAUGUGAUUUCAUAAUUAUUUUUGAGUUUUUUAUUUUUCAUCGAGUUUUUCUCAGACCUCUGAGUGAUCUUUGUUUACGAAAGGCUUUUUGUAAUUGUUCUUUAUAUUAUUUAAGUGGAACAUAGUAUUUUUCAUUUUACACCAGAUCCGUUAAGCAAAACAUUCUUUUUUUUUAAAAGUUUAACUUGUAAAGGAGCUGAUUCAAGAGGAAAGUAUCAACAUCGAAAGGAAUUUUCUAGUUUUUUCGAAGCAGAACUCUUGGAAAAUCGCUUGUUUGCCUGUAAAUUUGUGUUCGGAACGGCGGCGCGUCUGCCCACUCUCGCUCUCUAACCUCAGCUGGAAAAUCAGCUGAUUCCCAGUCUUUCCUCAAUAUAGUUCUUUUAAGCUCAAGGAAAAAUUGGAAACGGAUUUAUCAACAUUUUCAUAGAUUUAUUCUUCAAGUGGGCAUCAUUUGUGAUUGAAAAAGGGGUAAAAACGUGAAUCUCACAUGUUCGGUCAUAUGACCUGAGGGCAGACGCGGGGGAUGCGCCGCACGAGAUUUUUUUUUUUGGUUGGUACGAUGAUUUUGUUGAGCUUACAGAUACAUGAUAAGCAGUCGAGUAUUGGAGAUUUUUUUCGGGUUUUUGGAAUAAAAAGUAGAAGAGUUGAUUAAAAAAAGUCUUCAAAAAUUUGAACAAGAGCUGGAAAAAAAUAUGCUAUCGUUAGAACGAACAUUUAACUUUUUUUGUCUUGCUUUUUUUAUUUUGCUCCAAAUCGUAAGAUUGUUUUUUUUUUUUGAAAUUGAAAUUUUUUGUUUUUUAAUUGAAAGUCUUGAAAAAUAGUUCAGUCUUGGCUCUUAUGGUCUAUGUAUUUUUUUGAAAUUUUCGAAUAUUUUCGUAAUAAUGCGCCAUAUGCCUUUAUCAGUGGUCUCGAAAAACUUUGGUCAGCAAAUUGUUAUCAAGGACAUGUUUUGAAAUAAAUUGUGAUCAAAACUCAUUGACUUUGGGGCCGAAAAAUAGUUUUUGGUUAGGAAAUCUAUGGAGAAGAAUGGAAGAUGGAGGGAUUGAGUUCAAAGAUCUUUUCAAUUUUUCAAACUUAUCAAUUAUUUUGCAGAUGAGCGUCAGAAGGACGUGCUCGAAAUCAGACGUCAGCAGCCUAAUAAGGUAUUUUUUAAAAUGAAUGUUUUGUAAAUUCGCAUAAAUUUCAGGUGCCGGUGAUCAUUGAGCGAUUCGAUGGGGAACGCAGCUUGCCUUUGAUGGACCGAUGCAAAUUUCUGGUCCCUGACCAUAUUACGGUUGCAGAACUAAUGUCGAUCGUUAGAAGACGGUUAUUAUUUUAAUUUUGUACUUAAUAUUUUGUUUUUUUUUUGGUGCUUUUCAACUAAUUGAAAGAGUCCGAAAAAGGAGCGAGAACUGAAGAUUUGUAGAGACGCCAGAGAAAGAGAAAUAUUCACUUUUUUGGCGUUUUUUAGGCAACAUUUUUCGAUAAAUUCAGAAUUUUUCCUUUUGCCGUGUUCAAUUUGAUUCCGCGAAAUGCAAAAGGAUCUCUGACUCUCCAAAAUCUAGUGAUCGUUUCCUUUCUCUUACGGGUAUUUCGCAUUUCGCGGAAUCAAAUUGAACACGGCAUUUGAAAAAAUAAAAAUUCUUUGUAACUUCUAGUGGAAUUUGUCGAGUGAGAAGAAAAAUGUUAAUUUUAUUAAAUUUUCUUAAAGGAUCAUUUUUAAAAAUUUUUUUGUGGUUUUUGAAGCUGUUGGCUUCCUCUCGCUUCUCCCUUGUGAGCUGAAAAAAAUUAAUAUUUGAAUAAAAUUUGCAUCUUGUUUUCUACAUGGAGAAAACUUCCUUUUCCUGUUUUUCUUGACUUUUUUUCAUAUAACUUUUUUUAGUUUAUCCCAUUUCUGUGUAACUUGGAAACUUCAAAAGUUUUCCUGUUAUUUAUGAAAAGUUUCUUGAUAGCUAGGUUAAAUGUGUAUUUUCUUGCGUAAAUUAUACUUUUUUUGGAGUAUGUUUCUAAGAAGUUGCAACAGAGUGAAGUAAACUUAGAAUGAGACCAUCAGAAAUGACCUUUUUUUCAGCCUCCAGCUGCACCCGCAACAAGCCUUCUUCCUGCUGGUCAACGAAAAAUCGAUGGUGUCGAACUCGAUGACGAUGUCGCAGUUGUACCAGAUGGACAAGGACUCUGACGGCUUCGUCUACAUGGUCUACACCAGCCAGCCGGCGUUCGGAUAA